AUGAGACACAUCCAGUCCAAGACCAUAAUGACCACAUUCAACUUGAGCAGCUUCAAUUCAGGCCCUUUCAUCCUACUGGGAAUCCCAGGGCUGGAGGAGUUCCAUGUCUGGAUCGGGAUUCCUUUUUUCAUUAUCUACCUUGUGGCCCUUGCAAGCAACAGUGCCCUUCUCUACCUUAUUUCCAUGGAACGCAGCCUUCAUCAGCCCAUGUUCUUUUUCCUCUCCAUGCUGGCUGCUACAGAUCUCAUCCUAUCUAAUACAUGUGUACCCAAAACAUUCAGCAUCUUCUGGCUAGGUCCUCAGGAAAUCACCUUUUCUGGAUGCCUUACUCAAAUGUUCUUUCUCCACUAUAGCUUUGCCAUGGAUUCUGCCAUCCUGUUAGCCAUGGCAUUUGAUCGCUAUGUUGCUGUUUGCUUCCCCCUAAGAUAUACCACUAUUCUUACCCGUCAGAUUAUUACUAAAAUUGUAAUGGCUAUUGUUAGCAGGAGCUUUUGCAUCAUCUUCCCAUGUGUGUUCCUAUUAAAACGACUACCUUUUUGCCGAACACUCAUCAUCCCCCACACGUACUGUGAGCACAUAGGCAUAGCCCAGCUUGCCUGUGCGGACAUCUCCAUCAACAUCUGGUAUGGCUUUGCUGUGCCUGUAAUGACUGUUACAUCAGACCUGAUCCUCAUUGGCAUCUCCUACACUCUCAUCCUUCGUGCCAUCUUUAAUCUUCCAUCCCGAGACGCCCGCCAGAAAGCCCUCAACACGUGUGGUUCCCAUGUUUGUGUCAUUCUUAUAUUCUACACACCAGCAAUGUUCUCUGUCCUCACCCACCGUUUUGGUCACAAUAUUCCUCACUCCUUCCACAUACUGACUGCCAACCUCUACGUGGCCAUCCCUCCUGCACUCAAUCCAAUCAUCUAUGGGGUGAAGACCAAGCAGAUUCGGGAAAAAAUCAUCCUACCCUUCUUCCCUAAAAGGAACCAUUGA